AGACUGAGGAACAGUCAGCUGGUAGCUGCGACUGUGAACUACGUCAACAACAUGUUCACUUCAACUACGAAAUAUCAACGGCCAACUUUAAAAUGAGUGCACUAGGGUGGGACUCCACGAAGCUGGCAGACUUUAUGUAACGAUCGGCCGCGGCGGAUUUCAAAAUCCAUGAACGGGAGGGCUUCAUUGUCCUAGCUCGUUGGCUAACGUUAGCUAUUUGUUUGGCGAGUGAGUUAACGACAUGACAACUCGAGAGAUGUCAUCACGGCAAAAAUACCGUCGCCCGCCGCCAAGUUUCAGACAGGACGAUGACUCGGACUCGGAGGAGAUUUUCCUGGGACUAAGGAGGCUGGACGGGCGGAAGCCUCAAAUCAUCCACAGUGGACACUUCAUGGUGUCCACGCCACACUGCGAGCACCCGCCGAAGAAAGGCUAUGACUUUGACACGGUCAACAAACAGACCUGUCAGACUUAUCAUUUCGGCAAAGCGAGCAUGUCACAGUUCUCCAUCGACGCGUCGCUCACCAAACUCUUUGAGUGCAUGACUCUGGCCUACAGCGGGAAGUUGGUUUCUCCCAAAUGGAAGAACUUCAAAGGUCUGAAGCUGCUUUGGAGAGACAAGAUCCGCCUAAACAAUGCCAUUUGGAGAGCUUGGUAUAUGCAGUAUGUGGAGAAGAGGAAGAAUCCUGUCUGUCACUUUGUGACUCCCCUUGAUGGAAGUACAGACUUGGAUGUCCAUCGUCCUGCUGAGGGCCUUGUCUCUGAGGGGAAAUACUGGAAAAGACGAAUUGAAAUUGUAAUAAGAGAAUAUCACAAAUGGAGAACAUACUUCAAGAAAAGGUUGCAUAAGCACAAGGAUGACGACCUCUCAAGCUUGCUUAAGGGAAAAGAGGAGCAGAUGUCGCUGUUUGGGGAAGUCUCUCCAGACAUGCUCCGUGUCUCCUUUUGUCAGGAUGAAGAGACCAUUGCGCGGCGUGCACCUCGUAAGCAUGCAGAGACACCUGCGCCCAUGGAGCUGGAAAGCCUCUUCGACAUGGAUGUUCUGAUGUCUGAGAUUUCAGACACGUUGUUCUCAACGUUGGCCUCACACCAGCCGAUUCCGUGGCCCAACCCAAGGGAGAUUGCUCAUGCAGGCAACGCAGACAUGAUCCAACCAGGACUGAUUCCCCUACAGCCCAAUCUAGACUUCAUGGACUCGUUUGAUCCACUGCAAGACUUAUUUCACAGCCUCCGUCAGCCCGUCUUCCCCUCUGUUUCCCCCACUGCAUCAUCUACCCCUCUAUCCAGCAGCAGUUCUCAGUCACAGGCCCAGUUAAUGUCAUCCAUGCAGCUCACCACCAACCACAUCCCCCCUCCCGGCCUCCUGCCGCUCCCCUCUCCCAUGGUCAGUCAAACCAGUCAAACGGGUGGUGAUGGAAGCGGCGAUGCUAGUACCUAUGCUCAAAACUACAUGCCACUAUUUCCUGGUCAGGUUGUGCCUGGCGAUCAAACCGUUUCCGCUGUCGCUCAACAAUUAUCACAUGAUCAUCUGGUGCAGUGCUUACCAGGUCAGGAUAUGGCCUCAGCAGCACCAAUGGUGCCCCCACCAGAUGACACUGUAGCACCUUCAGUGAUUACACACACCACCUCCUCGGUUGUUACACCCAGCAACACACCACCCACCAUCUGCCACGGGUCAGAGUACGCUUCCAUAUCCACACAACAUCCGCCAUCCCAACUCCAGCCGUUGGCUCCAUUACCCACCACUCCUGCACAGCAACCUCAGUCUUUUGCCCUACCUCGCCCCUUUCAACCAUCCAGUGCCAACAAAAUCCGCCCUGUGCAAAGGAUUGCUCCUGCCAACACCCUCCCCGCUCCCCACCUCAUCUUCACAGCGCCAUUCCCAGGUUCUGCCAAGGCUUUAAUUGUUACACCAACGUCUCUGAAAGCAGAUGUCGUCCCUAACACUGGAGUAGUCAUUGCUUCGUCUCAUCUAGGAGGGGCUCCAGGUUUUCACGUAUCUCAGACGCAGACCUCUCCCCAACCGAUUGUCCCCAAACAAAAGUCCUAUUCUUCCAGCCGCAAAAACCAGAAAGCUUCCUCCAGCGCUGAUCACAACCAGCCAGGACCUGGUCCAGGGACAUCAUGCGUGUUAGAUCAAAUUCCCAGUCCUCAGUCACUUAUCAGCAGCAGUAGUAGCAGCAACAACAGCAGCAUAGCGCUGAUAAAGAAUGAACAAAAUCAGAGCCGGAGGACAACGCAUAUAUCUGCUGAGCAAAAGAGACGAUCAAACAUAAACAUCGGCUUUAAAACGCUCUGCAGUCUGGUUCCCACACUGAAGUCUCAGUCAAAUAUCAGCAAUGCAGUUACUUUGCAGAAGACAGUGGAUCACAUUGGGAAGCUCCAGCAGGAGCGGCAGCAGAUGCAGGAGGAGGUCAGGAGGCUGCGGGAGCAGAUUGAGGAGCUCAAUGCCUCCAUUAACUUUUGUCAGGAACAGCUGCCUGCGACAGGAGUGCCCGUAAAGCGGAAUCACCUGAGCCACAUGCAAGAGAAGUUUAAUGAAUAUGUGAAGAGCCGAACUCUUCAGAACUGGAAGUUCUGGAUCUUCAGCAUCAUUAUCAAGCCUCUCUUCGAGUCUUUUAAUGGGAUGGUGUCAACUACCAGCAGAGCAGAGCUGUAUCAGACCACGCUGGAAUGGCUCGAUCGGCACUGUUCACUUCCCGUGCUCAGACCGAUGGUGCUGAGUACCCUUCGUCAGCUGAGCACAACAACGUCCAUUCUCAGCGAUCCAUCCCUGUUGCCAGAAGAAGCCAUGCAGGCUGUUACACAUGGAGACAUGUAGUAGGUGAGGUGACCUGAAGUCCACCGGAACCUUUUUAUCAGCUGUCAAAUAAAAAGUGGCACAUCACUGCUUCACCUUAAAGCCACUGAGCAAUGUCUUCCACAGGCCCACGCCGGUCAUACAUUUGUCAUCUUGUACAUUGUUUCAUAGGAGUGAGACACUCAACAUGAGUUGUGCCUUUGACAACACUUUUAUAAUUUUAUAUUUGAAUGACAGCAGCUAUUGCUACCUUUACCUGUUUGAGGUGAAGUUCUUCUGAAUACUUUGCUGGUGGAUGGUACUUGUGGUUUGCCUUUUGAACAUUAGUAUGUUUUAAAUUCGACUUUUGACUUUUACAGUGUGUUAAAGAGUCAUUGUAUUAAAAAGGGAAAUGUUGAGUCGUUUAUUUUAUGUUCUCUCUCAGAUGUAUAGUAAGUGUUAUAAUAUGGGGUUGUUGUUUUUUUUAAGGAACAGUUGGUAGCAUAGUUUGGGUUUGUGUCCCAGAAAAGCUUCACAAGAUAAUGCAAAUCACCUGAAACCUAGCGCAGUACAUUGAAUACUGCAUCAGUGCCAGGAAGAUGAGAGCUUUAUUGUCAUCUCUCAUUUACUCAGGUGAUUGUUCUCUCGCCAGAUAAUGGCAAUGGAUGUCUGGUGGUCUAUAUAUCCAUGCUUCGCUUGUUCUGCCCAUUUCAGGUGAUUUAAACUGCAAAUCACGGAGAAAGCAGUAACUUUGAUUACAUGGGUUUUUCACUGGGCAGGUCACAGCAUAGUGGAGCAAUACUACAGCCCUCAUAGGGAGCAUACGUGAUAUAUAGCAGUACAGCCUAUAAAUAUACUAUUUUCACAUGUACAGUGUUACGAGAGCUUAACUGAAUGCACAGUAGCUGUAGCUGUCGUCUUUUUUUGUUCACUGUCGAUCACUCAGGGUUGCGCUGGUGAGUGUCACUGUUUUCGUCCCAGUUCAGACCUGGUAUUAACAUCCGUCCUGAGCGCUCGUAUUUGGGAUGGCUCGAUAUCAAUUUCUUGCUUUUUCAUGUAUGAUACCAUUAAAAUAUCACAACCUAUACAGUGACAUAUUGUGACACCAAAUUCAGCAAUUCACCAAGUAUUGAUUUUUUUUUUUAACUGAUGUUUCGUAUAAACAUUAAACUUUUUGUGGCUGUUGUGUGAGUAUAUCGCAAUAUAUGAAAAACUCAGUAUUUUGCAAUAUGGUGAUAAUAUCGUAUCGUGGUGUCUCUGGCCAUUCCCACCCCUACCACGGACACGAUAUUGACACUGAUUGCCGUAUGAUUUAUUUUUCUCAAACUUUUUUUUCCGUGUUCCGUCAGCGAGAUGAAAGAAAUUCACUCGAGCUCCUCUCAUCUCUGUUGCUGUCUCUCUCUGUUUUCUUCUUGCAAACAGACAUGAAUCAGUGUGUAUUAGAAUAAAGGUCAGGCAAAGCCAGAUUCAAUCAUAUUUGGUCACAGGUGCACAGAUGCAUGUAGCACAAAUUUCAAAAUGUAACUGAACUGUAAUUGGCGCUGUAUCUACAUGCACAGAGGACAAACAUUAAUGCCAGGUCUAAACAGGUCCUUCCAUUUAGCUUUCAACACACCCAGUCAGGGUGUUUCCUCAGCAGGAAAACACUUUUGUCUAAGGAUACUGGUCACCACACUAAUUUCCAAUGUUUUUUCCUACCAAACAUAAGAGUAAAGGUUGAAAUAAAGCCAUAGCAAAGCAUUGUUUACUCUCAUCUGCUGUGUUACUGACAAUGUAUUUGACAAAGCACACUUAAAGAGUUUAAGAAUAAGGCAGCAUGGAAGUGAAAGCACUCACUCCUCAGGCUGAGGGAGAUUUUGUUGUUUUUCCUUUACCUUCUGCAGAACAACUUAACUUUAUUCUUGAGCCUCACGGGCGCAGAAGGCACCACUUCUAAUUUGAUGAAUGAGCAUUUUGAUUUUUCUGCAUUCUUUUAUUGUGGAGACCAGCGUCUUAUAAUGGGAUACAUUUUGAUUUAUCGUAACAUAAAAAUAAUUUGCCUUUUUGUCUGCCGUUUACUUCACAACUUCUAACGGUGGAGGCAUUUAUCCAAAUUCAACACUUAAAGAGCACAAACAGUGCAGUCUGAUUAUUGUGUUGCAAACUAAAUGCUUCCAGCUCAUUUUACCUGAUAUAUUUAUACUACUGUCAGAAAAUAAGGUGCACCUCUGAAUGCAGCUAUGAUGUCAUGUUUGAAAAUGAUUUUUGAUCAUUACUCACUGUGCUGUAUGACAAAAGCCCCAAUGUUCUACUGCAGCUGGGAAAUAGUGUGUGUUUGUUUUUUGUUUUUUUAUUGUUGUUGUUUUUUUUUUUAAAUCAUCUGAUGAUUUUGAAAUCUUACCCGGUUGGAUUUCUCUUUUUUGCUGUUGCUGUGAGAUGUUUUUAUUGCUAAUUGGGGUUUCCCCAGAUUUCUUAAUAUUUGUGAGUCAAAGUGAGUGAAAAUAUUUUCUUAUGUGUCCCCUCCCCCAUAGUUCCCGAACAACUUUUCAAAAUGCCUUAAAAAAAAAAAAUGAGUCACAAUAAAAGCGACAAAAAUUAUGACA